AUGGAACGCUUAGUGAACUUGUACAGCGAUUUAUCAACGCAACUUGUAUUAAAAGGUCCUCUCGGUCGACAACAAAAGAUUUCGAUUGCUGCAGCUGUCUCGUUGGUGGUUCUCUAUUUGGCUCGUAAAGCUGUGACACCACCAGCUCGUCUUCGACAUCUACCCUAUGUUGGCCUUUUCACGUUCUUGAAUGCAUUCAUGCGACGUAAAUUGAUGAGUGAUAUCUCUUCGAAUGUUACAUUACCAGCCGCCAUGAAAUCUUCCAGCGGUCUCUAUACACGUUUUGACCAAAAUGGGUGGAGUGUUCAUAUCACACGUCCAGAGUCAGCAAAAAAGUUUUUGCUCAAAACAGACAUAUUUGCCAAGGCAGAUAUUGGGGGAGUAAGAGGCACCACCCUCUUUGGAAAAUUUCUUUUCCAGCGAAACAUCCUAAUGCUUAAUGGGCAUGAAUGGAAAGCACAGCGCAAAGUUGCCAACCCUGCAUUUCAUCGAUCCAUGCCUGUGGAGUUGUUUGCAAAAUUAGCUCAAAAGACAAUCAAUGUCAUGGAUCGUGCUGAAAGCGAGACUAUCAAUUUCCAUCAAAUGACUGAACGCUUUGCUCUUGACGUUAUUGGAUUAGCUGGAUUUGACUUUGACUUCCAUGCCAUUGAGGAUCCAAAGUCGGAAUGGGUGGUCCGUUAUCGUGACAUCAUGGAAGCAACACUCAACCCUUGGUUUGUUAUAUUUUACAACCUGGAUAUGAAGUACCUGUUCCUUUUCCCAGGUCGGAAGAGAAUGCAUCGUGAAUUGGAUAUCUUCCUUGGCAUGAUGGAUGAAGUCAUUGCUCACAAGCGCCAAGUCCUCAAGGACCAGCAAUCCAAAGUACCCGAAUCUGAACGCGAUCUUCUUACUCUUAUGAUUGAAGCAGAGAAUAGCGGCGAAGGUGCCAUGACAAACGAGGAGCUAAGAAACAACUUGUGUCUCUUUUUCCUUGCUGGCCACGACACCACUGCAAAUGCUUUAGCCUAUGCUGUAUACCACUUGGCCAAAAAUCCCGAUAUGCAACGUAAAGCACGAGAAGAAGCAAUCAAAGUAUUGGGCGAUGAACCACAAGAUGUUUUCCCCACACUUGAACAAACGCGUGAAUUCCCAUACAUUAACAUGAUCAUCAAGGAGACAUUACGUAUCACUCCUCCAGUAGCCGCCAUUGUAUCACGUGAAACGACCCAAGACACUGAAUUGGAAGGCCAAUUUAUCCCAAAAGGAACAAAAACGACCGUUGACAUUUACGAGCUGCAACACAAUCCCACUGUGUGGAAGGAUCCUGAGACAUUCAGGCCCGAGAGAUUCGAACCUGGUGGUGAAGCAGAAGAACUUGCAGGAUCGGGCAUGUCGUGGAUUCCCUUCUCCAACGGACAAAGACAAUGCAUAGGCAUGAAUUUCUCCUUGGCAGAGCAGCGAGUGUUCUUGCCCAUGCUGUUAAGAAAAUACGAAUGGGAGCUACCCAAGGAUUCGAUCCACAAAGACAAGAUUCAGACUGUUGGCACUGGUCUUGUAAAGCCCAAGGAGCUCAUGCUUACUUUCAAGAAGCGAUAUUGA